AUGCCACGAGGCGGCCAUCGUGGCAUUUUAUUUGCGGUUAGCGGCCGCGCUCUGACGGCGUUCGGUCGGCGGCGUAGACGCGGUCUCUACCAUCACUGCACUAACGAGAUAUUUCGCCCUGCCUGGGGGCCUGUGCGUCAACCGCCGCUGCUAAUGGAUGCUCAGCUGCCUAACUGGGCUUCAGACACCCUGUCUCCAGCCGAGAAAUUGCCGCCCAAACCGCAAUACAGCCGCGACGCCAGGUCGGCCUGGCCGCAGGAAAGGUCGUCUUUCCUGCUCAACAUGUAUCGCCGGAACGUUAAGCGCUACUUUCAUCCCGCAGCAGUCGCGAAUGACGAUCAUGUACGCAAUUACAUCUAUGAGGUGUUGGAGCCCAGCCAUCGCAAGUGCUUCAGCGGCAUCGGAGUAGACUUCAUGAGGCAGUCGGAGGCCUGGAGCAGCGUUGCGCCCAUGCAAGAGGCGUCCGCCAACCCCUUCCCUCACGUUAACGAGAGUGCGUCUCUCGUUCGGAAUCUCGGCCUGGCGGACGUGCUACACACCAAAAGCAAUCACAGACUUGCCAGACGUGCACAUCCCAAGUGGUACGCUGCCAGAUAUCGCAAGUUCAUGGACAAAAAGCGGCUGCAAGAGAAGUUAAGGCAGCUAAAAAUUGAGACAGGGGCGUAA